AUGGAGAACCCUACUACUACCUUGUCGGAGCUGGACGGCAUUGACAGCAAUGACAUUGCUAUUUGUGGCUUCUCGUUAAAGUUUCCACAGGAUGCAACUACUCCAGAAACCCUAUGGGAUAUGAUGCUGCAACGACGCUGUGCGAUGACCGAGUUUCCAGCUGAUCGUGUCAAUGUCGAUGGUUUCUACGAUCAACGAUCGCGGCCAAACACUAUGCCCCUAAAAGGCGGUCAUUUUAUCAAAGGCGAUCUUGCCGAAUUCGAUGCCGGCUUCUUCUCGAUUGCGCCCACUGAGGCAGCGUCUAUGGAUCCCAUGCAAAGACUGUUACUAGAAGCCUCCUACCACGCGCUGGAAAAUGCUGGUAUCCCGAUGGAACAUGUCAACGGCUCGCCGACAGCCGUUUACUGCGGCUCUUUUGGAAUGGACUACAUGUUGCAACUUGUUCGCAGCGCCGAGGUUCCUCCUCCCUAUGCAGCACUAGGAUUUGGUCUCAGCAUGCUUGCCAAUAGAAUCAGCUGGUUCUUCAACUUUCGCGGGCCUAGCAUGGCCGUCGAUUCUGCAUGUUCUAGUUCCGCCAUGGCCUUGGACACAGCGUGCGCCGCACUGAGAAACGGCAAUUGCUCCAUGGCAUUGGUUGCUGGCUCCAAUAUGGCGAGUGCGCCUGAGCCCUACGUUUGGAUGUCCAAUGUCAAGUUCCUUUCACCAGACAGCUGCUGCUAUUCCUUCGAUGAGAGAGCAAAUGGAUAUGCUAGAGGCGAGGGUCUCGCUGUUACUGUUCUCAAGCGAGUAUCAGAUGCCGUUAGAGACGGUAACACUAUCCGCGCUGUCAUUCGCGCGACAGCUUGCAAUGAAGACGGUCGCACUCCUGGCAUCACACAACCAAACCGCAAGGCUCAAGAAGAGCUCAUCAAGAGAACAUAUGAGCAGGCUCGUCUUUCAAUGGAGCACACAAGAUUCUUUGAGGCUCAUGGAACUGGAACGCCUGCUGGUGACCCUCGCGAGGCUCAAGCAAUUGGCAUGGCUUUCAUGCACCAUCGAUCCAAUGACGACCCUAUUUAUGUCGGUGCCAUCAAGUCGAAUGUUGGUCAUUUGGAAGGCGCCAGUGGACUGGCUGGCUUGAUCAAGGCUGUUCUCGUCUUGGAAAAGGGGAUUAUCCCUCCCAAUGCUAACUUUGAGAAAGUCAACCCCAAAAUUGACGUUGAGUUUCUGAAUAUUUCCUUUCCACAAAAGGCACGUCCUUGGCCAGCAAAUGGUCUCCGCAGAGCCUCUGUCAAUUCGUUUGGAUACGGAGGUGCCAAUGCGCAUAUCGUUAUUGACGACGCCUAUAAUUAUCUUCGGAUUCGUGGCCUCAACGGCAAACAUAAUACGGCGAAGCGCCCACCUCAGCUUCGGGAACAGUCCGACACGAUGCCAUUGAGUCCUGCACUGACGCCGCCACGACAAGAAAACGUACGAAGACUCUUUGUGUGGUCUGCAUCAGACAAGGAUGAGUCUAUCGAUGCUACGAAUGAUAUUACAAAUCUGAUGGCCAACGUGGCCUACACAUUAGAUACACAUCGAAGUCAUCUACAAUGGAGGUCAUUUGCUUUGAUGAACACGAUUGAAGAUUUCGAAAACAUCUCCUCGUUCAUGUCAACACCGGUUUCUGCGCAGGCAAACUCGCCACCACGAAUCGGCUUUGUCUUCAGCGGACAAGGAGCACAGUGGCAAGGCAUGGGCCGAGAGUUAGCUUGCUAUGGGAGUUUCAGAACAGAGUUGGUGCAGGCUGACGCAUAUCUGCGAAGCCUAGGAUGCGCCUGGUCUGUUGUUAACCACAUCGUGUACCCAGACCCGUCCAAUGACAUUGAAAAUCCGGAGCUCAGCCAGUCGUUGUGCACUAUUUUGCAAGUUGCUUUAGUCAACUUGCUUCGGCGAUUUGGGGUCAGGCCCGCUGCUGCUGUUGGACACUCGUCCGGUGAGAUCGCUGCAGCAUACGCCAGCGGCCACAUUUCACUAGAGUUAGCCUGGAGAUUGGCGUACUUUAGAGGGGUUUGUUCGGCCAAACUGGACCGUGAUGGACAUUUGGCCGAUUCCGGGGAGCGCGUCUCUGGUGCUAUGAUGGCCGUGGGAUUAUCUGAGGCCUCCGGAAAAGAGCUACUCUCUGCUCAUGGCCACGUCGCUUCAAGCGUCUCUAUUGCUUGUAUAAACAGCCCUCAAAGCAUUACUCUUUCCGGAGACGAUGCUGCCAUUGACUAUCUUCAGGGUGUUCUGGAGGAACAGAAGAUUUUCGCCCGCAAGCUUCGCGUCAAAGUUGCGUAUCAUUCGAGACAUAUGGAUAGCAUUGCAGUUGAUUAUGUGUCCAUGAUCAAUGCCUAUGCGGAUGCCAACGACAUGGUGCCGUUCUCAUCUGAAAUUCCCAUGGUAUCCAGCGUGACUGGCAAAGUCGUUAGCGACGCUUCCGUGGCAGAAGCGUCAUACUGGGCAUCCAACAUGGUAUCGCCAGUGCAGUUCUCUCAAGCUGUGUCGGUCAUGUGCCGCCAAGGUGCCAAAGAUGUGACGAAGAAGCUGGACCAAAGUCAUCUGUUGGUCCCAGCAGUAGACCGACUGCUCGAAAUCGGUCCCCAUGCUACCUUGAAGUCCUCGCUACGGGACAUCCUGGAGACCGGCUCUCGCGGACAGCUUGGAUACAAUGCCGUACUUUACAGAAAAAAGAGCGCCGUGGACACACUUCUGAGCACCCUUGGCCAGUUGCACUGCGAAGGAGUGAAUCUCCAAUUCAGAGCCAUCAACGAGCCGUCAGGCAGCGUGAUGAGUCGAAGUAUGUUGACAACUCUUCCAGAGUAUCCUUUUGACCAUUCACAGCGAUACUGGCACGAUAGUCGCCUAAGUCGCAGCUACAAGCAGAGAUCUAAGCGACCAUCUGAUUUUCAUGGAACCAGAUCAAAUGAUUGGAAUCGCUCAGAUGCUCGUUGGAAUUGGAAGAUGGACUUGUCGGAUAUGCCCUGGGUUGAACAUCAUAUCGUUAAUGGUAUGACGUUGUAUCCUGCAACAGGAAUGCUUGUCAUGGCCAUAGAAGCAGGUAAGGAACUGUGUGAGGAAGAAGGGUAUACCGUGAAUGGAUUCACUUUUGAAGAUGUUCAUUUCAAGACUCCAAUCAACUUCACGGCCUCCAACGACGGACCAGAGGCUCAAGUUUCUCUUCGCGAGGAGCUAACGCAAGACCGUUCUUCAGCAUCCAAAUUCUCAUUCAUUAUUCGCACUUUUGGCAAUGACGACUGGUCUGAAAACUGUCAAGGGCACAUCACCAUCCACCAUCGAGGGAAGGAAGAGGGAUGGCUAUCCGAUCAUGAAGCGCGACAGCAGAGGAACAUGGCCAAGACUCUUCUCGACCACGCCAGCGCAUGCAGCCAACAGAUUUCAGCCAAGCAAAUGUACGAAUAUCUCAAAGAAACCGGGUAUGAGUAUGGUCCUAUCUUCGCCCGAUGCGAUGAACAGCGUAUUCACUCUACUCUGAAGCAUGCUACGGCCACGACUAGUCUGUACAACUCGCCUAAUCAAGAGCAUGUUGUUCAUCCCGCAUCUCUUGACGCAAUUUUUCAUCUUGCCUUCACAGCUUUGACGUCGGGCGGUCGUUCAUCCAUGGCAACCAGCGUGCCGUCGCGCAUUGGUUGUCUCUGGUUGUCUGCAUCAGGGCUGAGCUCCCCGGAGGCCAACCGUCUAACUUGCCUGUCAAAAGUUACAUCGGUGACUGGCCGUGGAUUUAUCGUCGCGGGAGGCUCGGUGUCUGCUGACAGAGCCAACAAUUUACGAGUAUGGUUUCAAGACUUUGAACUGGCCAACAUUACCUCAACACCUUCUUCGCUUGAUUAUGUGGCAGACCCGAAGCAGUUCUGUAUGAAUGUUGAGCAAAAGCUGGCUAUAGACAAGCUUGACAACUGUCAGCUUUCCGAGUAUCUGCACAAGGUUCACCCAGAACCUGGAGAUCUGACAGCAUUUUACGAAGAUGUGACCUUACUUAUCAACCACUCUGUACACGCGCUUCUAGCAUCUGAUGAUCCUAGCGUCAUUACGGCAGACUCUGGUAAGGGUGACUGGAAGCGGCGCUACUGGCAUUGGGCAAAUUACCAUGUUACAGAGGGUCGCCUCAAUGCAUCGCCUGCGCUCACUGAGAGCAUUGACACGGUCUGUGAUCGGGUUAAGUCUGCGAACAGGGUGGGACGUCUCUAUGCCGAAGUGGCUUUGCAUCUUGUUGAGUUCUUCAGGGGCAGUGUAACGCCCCUAGACCUUCUCAUGCAGACCGGGCUUCUCGGAGAGUACUACGACGAGUUGAUGACCUACAGAUGCAUGAAGCAAGCAACAACGUUUGUCGAUCUGCUCGCCCACCAGAACGGCGGCAUGAAAUUCUUGGAAGUAGGUGGAGGCACUGCAGCUGCAACUCGCCAUCUGAUUAACGCACUUUCUAUGAAUGGCCCUUCUGGCGUGUCAGAAUCAUCCAAUUCACCUGGGUCCCUUCGAUGCGAACAGUACUGCUUCACAGACGUGUCGGCGACAUUUUUGGAAAAGGCGCGGGACGAGUUCUCCGAUCAUGAAUCUCAAAUGUCUUUCCAAACCCUUGACAUCGAGAAGAACUUCUCCGAACAGGGAGUUUCUGACGGGACAUAUGAUGUUGUCGUUGCAAACGCCGUGCUUCACAUUACCGCCGACCUGGAAAAUACGUUCCGUAACGUCAGAAAGUCAAUGAAAACUGGCGGCAAGUUGAUUCUGACAGAGUUCCUUCAGCCCGAUGGUUGGGCGCUUGGGUUCAUCUUUGGACUUUUCCCUGGGUGGUGGGUUGGACCAGAAGCUGACCGUCCGCUGUCACCGCUGUGGAGCGCGGAAGGCUGGGGCAGGAUUCUGCAAAACUGUGGCUUUUCAGGCGUCGAUAUGGUAUUCAAGGAUUUUGACGGUCCAGCUCAUCAGCUUGGUUGUGUCAUCUCUACCGCUGUGGACGUGCCUUCGUCCGUUCCGCGAACUCUUGCAUCACCAACGUAUCAUAGCGGUACCAUCGUCAAGCUGAACAAUUUCCCUCAACAGCAAUUUCUUGCCGCGUCUCUAGUUGCAUCCUUACAAGACAUGUUUGCUGAUCCCCUUGAAAUCGUGGACGCGAACAUGCUUGCGGCAUCGACAAGUCUCGCCGUCACCUCAAACAGUCUUUGCAUUGCUUUGGUUGACUACGGUGCACCAUUUCUCAGCUCAAUGACUGAGCAAGAUUGGGAGGUUUUAAAACUCCUUGCUCAGGCAUGGCCUGGAAUGCUAUGGGUCUCGGCAGGAGGAGGAGAGUCGGCAGCACCAGAAUAUGGGCUAAUUGAUGGUCUUUCAAGAACGUUGCGAGCCGAGAACUAUAGUCUACAUCUGGUCUCUGUUGCCCUCGAUAUGAAUCGCAACGGCACCUCAGGCCACAUACAACAUCUCAAGCAGAUUGUACGGGAGAUGCUGUCUCGGAAGCCAUCUCAGGAAUACGAACAAGAGUACAUUGAGGUAGAUGGCUGCUUACAUACUCGCCGUCUUGUCGAGGCGAGAUACCUGAAAUCCAAUAUGGAAUCCAACAUUUUGCCCUGGCAAAUGACCUCUGCCAAUGCCAUCGAUGCAAGCUUUGAGCUAUCAGCGGCUUGCCCUGAAGAUAAUAACGGCAUUCCGUACCUGGUCGAGGUCCCGGCUCCAAUUAUUGACGAUGCGUUGCCAAUUAACGUCAGAGCUAUCUCGCUUCAAUAUCAAGACCAAUUAGCCGCCCGAGGGUUGGCUCCAAAGGGCACUCAGCUUGGCAACUUCUGCAGUGGAAUCGUAACAGAAACACUAUCUGGAUCCUCUUUUGCACAAGGGGAUAGGGUUUUUGCUGUACACAAGAACUGUUUCCGCUCCGUUGCUGCCGUUCAGCCCUCAUCCGCUGUUAAGCUACCAGAUUAUUUAUCCUUUGAAGACGCGUGCUGGGCUAUUCCUCCUGUCUUGACAGCUCAUCAUGCUCUGUCGGAUAUAGGUCGGGUACGAAACCGCGAUUGUGUUUUGGUCAUGGAUGGUUGCAGCGUUUUAGGAGAAGCCGCAGUAGGCUUGCUUUUAAAUGAGGGUGUUGCGGAGAUAUGGUUGACAGCAGACAGUAUUGAAGAUUGUCAGCGGGCUUCUAAAAAAUUCAAUAUCCCCGAAAAACACAUCAUACCGACAUCUGCUAUGGGAUCCGCCUUUUCUUCGACAUGGUCAGAGCUUCAGCCCAAAUUUGAUAUUGUAUUCGCCACCACCUCAGUCGCAAAGGGACUGGGAGAGCAGACUUUCAGAGGCAUGAUGCAAAAGAAUGGGCGAGUGGUGCUCGUUUCCGAUGACGCAUCCCAGUCAGCAUUUCGCUUUGGCUCGUCUUCUCUUCACGUGUCUUUCGUGGCUAGCGACGAGCUUCAGGUGUCGCAAGAGUCUCUGGAAUAUGCUGUUUCUACACCCAUCUUGCAGUUGCUUCUAGAUUCACUAGCCCAGGUACCUAGGUUUUCGAUCUCGCGACUGGACGAGAUAAUGGCGUUUUUGAAGCAGUCUACUAGCUCGGAUGCUGCUGUAGUGCAACUGACAGAAUCGGAUACGGUCAACGUUCGCUCUAUGCGCAAGAAGAUAGACUAUAUUGACUCGAAUGCGACGUACAUUAUCUCAGGAGGUCUUGGAGGCGUCGGCCGAUCCAUAGCAAGAUGGCUGGCUCAUAAUGGCGCUAAAUAUCUUGUUCUUCUAUCAAGAUCCGGUCCCAAGACACACGAGGCGCAGUCUUUGGCAUUGGAAUUCCAAGAUCGCGGUGUCCGAUGUGAAAUGCCAGCGUGCGACGUCACGAAUCCCAGUGCAUUGCGAGCGCUACUCGACAAGUACUCAACAACUAUGCCACCAGUCAAGGGAUGUAUUCAAGCCGCCAUGGUCAUGGAGGAGGGCAUAUUCUCCGAACUAUCACUCUCUAGUUGGAAAGGUACCUUGCAGCCAAAGGUACAAGGAUCCUGGAACCUACACGCCAUGCUUCCAUCGAAUAUGGACUUCUUCAUCAUGCUAUCAUCCGUCAUGGGCACUUUGGGUACCGGCUCUCUAGCACCAUACAAUGCCGGAAACACUUACCAAGAUGCUCUGGCGCGCUAUCGAGUGUCCCAAGGCCAGCGAGCCAUCUCCUUCAACCUCGGCGCUGUACCCGACGCAGGCUACCUAGUCACCAAUGCCGAGUACGCAACCGGACGACGACAAAUCCACGAAACGGCUAAAUACACGCCUACGUAUAUCCGCGACAUUGUUGCUCUACUCGAAAUCUUCUGUGAUCCAUCCAACAAAUUGGCCACGCACCCAAGCACCUGCCAUCCAAUUGUCGGCCUUCGUCCACCAUCUCACUGGUGCCACCUUGAAGAAGUCUCGUUUGUGUUGAGCCAGCCGUUCUGGCAGCACAUGCAUCAUAUUCCAUUGCUGGCUGGCGAGGCUGGGGAUGUGGACAAUGUGCACGGUCCAAGGCCUGGGAGACAAGCCAAGGAUGUUGUUGCUAAAUUGGAGGCCGCCACGUCAGUCAAUGAGCGCACUGAGCUUGUCAGCGAAGCACUCGCUGCCCGUAUCACGGCGCUGUUGGGCGUGCCAGAGGGCCAACUGGAUUUACAUCGGCCCAUGCAUUCGUAUGGUCUCGACUCGCUGUCUGCCAUUGAGGUGCGUAACUGGAUUGGCAAGACAUUUAGCGUUGAUGUGCCUGUUUUUAUGAUUUUGGGGGGUAUCACUUUUGAAGGCGCGGCUGCUACCAUUGUUCAUCAGUUUCAGUCACAGAAUUAG